UCACCUUGUUCAGAAAAUGGAUGGGGGCAGACGAGUAUGGGCUCCGCAUCCCCUUCACGGCUUUGUACUCGGCACAAUAAUAGACUUGGGGACCGACACUUUGACGGUCAAACCGACAGAGAGGGGCGAGCCUAUCACUGCGUCCUAUGACCGUGUCUUUCCCGCUAUUGAAGAGUCGGUGAAGGCUGUUGAGGACAAUUGCGGACUCAUGUACCUGAACGAAGCCACACUGCUGAACAACGUCCGCGCGCGUUACGAGAAAGAUCUUAUUUACACAUAUACAGCAAAUAUCUUACUGGCUGUGAAUCCCUACCAUGAAAUUAGGCAGCUGUAUUCAAGCAGUCAAGUGCAAAGAUACAAAGGACAGUCACUUGGAGUUUUACCACCUCACAUAUUUGCAAUUGCUGACAAAGCUUACAGAGAUAUGAAAUUGUUGAAGCAGAGUCAUUCAAUUGUUGUUAGUGGUGAAAGUGGAGCAGGAAAAACAGAGUCAACUAAGUAUAUCAUUCGGUUUCUAACUGAUGCUUGGGGAACAGGCGCAGGAAGCAUUGAACAACGACUGAAUGAGGCUAAUCCUUUGCUUGAAGCAUUUGGCAAUGCUAGAACAGUGAGAAACCACAAUAGCAGUCGGUUUGGCAAGUUUGUAGAAGUACACUACGAUGAGGAGGCAAAAGUUGUUGGCGGUUUUGUCUCACACUAUCUGUUAGAAAAGUCUCGUGUAUGCAAACAAACACCAGAAGAACGGAAUUAUCAUAUCUUUUAUCGCCUUUUUGCUGGAGCGUCAGCAGACACAAAACAUGCUUUAGGAUUAACAGAUUCUAAAGACUAUGCAUAUUUAAAUGGUGGAAGCUUGAAGGGUGAUCACCUGAGCAAUGAUAAGGCAGAGUUUGCAGUUGUUGAGAGUGCAAUGAGCAAGUUGGGUAUUGAUGGUGCCGAGAGGAUGAACUUGUAUCAAGUUGUAGCAGCUGUGUUGCACUUGGGGAACAUUAAAUUUGAAGACAGUGGAGACUCAAAGGGUGGUAGUGUUGUGGCUGCAAAAUCUUAUUCUACGUUGAGAGGAGUUUCUGGUUUACUUGGAUUACAGCCAGAUGAUCUUCAGGAAAGUCUGACAAGCCGAGUUAUGACAACUACAAAGUCUGGAGCUAAGGGAACAGUCUACAAGAUUCCUCUGAAGAAGAGUGAGGCAGCAUCGGCAUGUGAUGCACUUGCCAAGGCUAUGUAUGUUCGACUGUUUAGCCAUAUUGUUCAGCGAGUAAAUGAUGGCUUUGCAUUUGACAAGUCAUCGUACUACAUUGGAGUAUUGGACAUUGCCGGAUUUGAGUAUUAUCAAGUGAACAGCUAUGAGCAGUUUUGUAUUAAUUACUGCAAUGAGAAACUGCAGCAAUUCUUUAAUGAUCGUGUUCUCAAGCAGGAGCAAGCACUGUAUGAAGAAGAGGGGCUAAAUGUGGAAGUAGUGUCUUUCAUUGAUAACAGAGACUGCAUAGAAUUAAUUGAAGCAAAAUCAAUUGGGAUUAUUGAUCUGCUGGAUGAGGAGAGCAAGCUUCCACAAUCAAGUGAUUUGCACUUUUGUGAGAAUGUUCACAAUAAGCGCAAAGGCCACUUCAGACUUGAUGUACCUCGACAGUCGAAGCUGGCUUCUCAUAGGAGCAUACGAGAUGGUGAAGGUUUUCUCAUUCGACACUUUGCUGGAGCAGUGUGCUAUCAAACAAAAGGAUUUAUUGACAAAAACAAUGAUGCUUUGCACGAGAGUCUGGAGAUGCUGAUGCUAGAAAGUCAAGAUGCAUUUGUAAAGAGUUUGUUUCGACAACAACCUGGUUCAACUAGUCCAAUCGGUAGCAGGAAAUCACAAGGAAGUUCAAAGAAGUUGGCAUUAGAUAGUAUUGCCAGUAAAUUUAGGUCACAACUUGCAGUGCUUCUUGAGAAGUUGAGAAUGACAGGUGCCAGCUUUGUUAGAUGCCUAAAACCAAACUUGAAAAAUGCUGCACAUCAGUUUAUGGGAGCUGAAAUAUUGAGUCAACUUCACUGUGCAGGAAUGGUUGCUGUGUUGAACUUGAUGGAUGAUGGGUAUCCAUCCAGAACAUCUUAUGAAAUGCUUCAUAAAAUGUACCAGAAGCACAUGUCGUACCAAGCCAAUGCUCACUCAUUCUGUGAUGCAUUGUUUCGAUCCAUUGGAAUGCAUGAAAGUGACUACAGGUUUGGCAAGACAAAAGUAUUCUUCAGACCUGGAAAGUUUGCAGAGAUUGAUCAAGUACUACAGUCUGACCAAAAACGUGUUGUAGCACUGGCGGGUAAGACCAGCAAAUGGCUUGUUCGAGCUCGAUGGAGACAAGCUCAGUAUGCUGUUUUAGCCUGCAUAAAAUUGAUGCAAAAAAUACAAUAUCGUGGAAGGUAUCGAGUUGUUAUCCAGAAGAAUGUGAGAGGCUACUUGGCAAAGAAAACAUAUCAACCGAGAUUUGAAGCGUUACGUAAUUUGCAUACUCUGAAGGCUCGCUUGGAUGCUGUGACUCGAUCUGUGGGGCAGUUGAAGGGCGACCAGAAGAGAACUACUGAUCAAAUAGUGGAAUUGAGCAAAGCCAUUGACAAAGAAUGUGCCAGAACUAAGAGUAGCACUCUUUCUCUGGCCGUAAUGGCAGCCGCGUAUUCUGAUUUAUCCGGGCAACUAGAGCAGCUGCUAACGAGAAUUCAAGACAUGGAGCACAGACAGAAAGCCGACGAGAGCGCUUUGGCUUUGCGACGGAUGAGGGAGGAAAUGGAGCGAGAGAAACAGGCAAGGAAAGACGAGGAAGAGCGCGCGAAGCAAGAAGAGGCAGAACGCAAGAUGAAGGCAGAAAUAGAAGCAAAACGACGACAAGAAGAAGAAAGACAGAAACGACUUCAAGCUGAGCAGCAAAUAAAGCAACAAGAGGAGGCAGCUAAAAAGUUGCAGGCACAAAUAGACAGCGAAGAUCAAGCUAGACGAAUGGCUAUGAUUGAGCAGGAGCGACGUGACCGCGAGCUCGCUCUGCGUCUUUCUCAGGAAGACGGAGCUUCGCAAGAUUUUGAUCCACAGACCGUUCAGGAUGAGCCUGAUUCACGGCUGUCGCGUCGGUCGCUAAGAAGGUCGGUGGUCGUGUCGGCAAAGCAACAGGAGAAGGCAACUCACAAGUACGAUUUGAGUGGAUGGAAGUACGCUGAACUACGAGACACAAUCAAUAUGUCUUGCGACAUUGAAUUGCUCGAAUCUUGCCGGGAAGAAUUUCACCGUCGUUUGAAGGUAUACCAGGAAUGGAAGCUGAAAAACAAGCGGAAGACACCAAGCGGGCAAGAAGAGACAGAACAGCAGAGACUACCCGAUUCAGUCAUCGAAGCCGCUCGCAUGACGUCCAGUGGUUCUGGCUUUACUGCGCAAUCGACAGCUCUCGAUAACGGAGAAGUACCCCAGCGGUACUUUCGUGUGCCGUUUGUUAGGCCGGCUGGUCAGCCUAGAGACCAACCAAAAGGCUGGUGGUAUGCUCAUUUUGACGGCCAGUGGAUAGCACGGCAAAUAGAUAUGCUUCCGGGAAAGAAGCCUUUGCUAUUAGUUGCAGGUAAGGACGACAUGGAGAUGUGUGAGCUCAGUUUAGAACAGACGGGGUUGACGAGUAAGAAAGGUGCCGAGAUUCUUCCCAGACAAUUUGAAGACUUAUGGGCGCGGCACGAUGGACUGCCAUACGAACGUCCGACCGACAGGAGGAAGUGAACGCCUCUGGCCUCUGCAUAUGUACUACUGUGUGGGUUUGUGAAGCUUUGCAUCUUUAUUCUGUUAUGAAUUCUUUACACAACAUGCGACCAGCUUUUGUCGACUAAAAUAAUUUUGAAUAUACAGUUGUUUGAAAA